CACCCGUUAGCAUGUAUCCACAUGUUGAAACGAAACGCAGCUGUCAUUUCUUCCACAAUUGUUUUGAGGUUGUUUUCCUAAAAAUACCUAUAAUAAAUUAACCAUAAAUAAUUUGAAUUACCUAGUUUUCAUCCUAAAUAUUUGAGAUAUUUUACUAUGGCCUUGUUAAAAACUAUUUUAUCUCGUCAAAUAUUUGUCAAUGCACAUCGAGCCGUGAUUUCCAGCUUUAGACCGUGUUCUACCGAUGCAAAAAAUCCAGAAAAUGACGCCCCAGUUCAUAUAGAAAACCCGUAUAAAAAAGAAACUCGAGUAUGCAUAUUGUGCAAACAUAAUAUUACACCUGACUACAAAAACUAUAGACUUUUAUCUCAAUUCCAAAGUCCAUACACUGGUCGCAUAUAUGGAAGACACAUAACAGGUCUAUGUAAAGCAAAGCAGGCACAAGUUGAGUGUGAAAUCGUCAAGGCCCAGAAUUGCGGCUUCAUACCUUACUAUUACAAAGACAAAGCAUUUCUGAAAGAUCCUAAGCUAUUUGACCCCGAGAAUCCUAUUAGGUCACAUAGAUUUUAAUGAAUGUAGUAUUGAAUAAUGUAGUUGUUUAAUUAAUAAAGAAUAAGUU